CAUUAUAACUACGACUUCUUGUUUUUAACAGACAGCUUCGUCAUGGCUGCGUGUGAAAUACCAAGCAUUGAGAAAGGUACGGACGAGGACAAUGCAAGAAACUGUUUUGCGUGUUUGAAGAGCAAACUGAAUGCAGAAGAAGGACACUUCUGCAAGGACUGUAAACAGUUAUAUUGCACCAGCUGCGUGAGUAAACACGACGACUUGUUUCAAAGGCAUAAAAUAUCAUGGAAAUUCGACAAAGACAAAAGAAAUGUGUUGAGUGCUCCAAUAAGUGACCAUAAUUUAGAGAUAUACCAGCGUACAACCAAGUCGAUAUCAGAGGUAAGCUUAGAGGCAUUCAAACAAGAGUGUGCUAGCGGCGAGAGUUUUGAGCUUGGAAAAUGUGACGUACACAAGUCACAGGAUGUGAUGUCUUUCUGUGAAGAAGAUGGUCUUCUUUGCUGCAACAUUUGCAAUUCAACAAUACACAGAGCUUGCAAAGACAUCGAAGAACUGCCUAAAGUAGCAAAGGGGGUGCAUACGACUGCAGAGUUCUCUACCCUGCCAUCCAGAUUGCAAGAGUCGUUGUCAUUUCUUGAUCGAAAAAUGUUUGCACUGUCUGAAGAGGAGAAACUCAUAGAAGACAACGCGGACGCGGUUAAGACAAAUAUACAGUAUUGCAGGGAUGAAUUUGUUGGCAUAGUCGACAAACUGCAGCAGCAAUCAUUUGAAGCUGUCGAAAUAUUAAAAUCUUCCAUCACAAACGACAUUGCAUCUCGUAAGACGCAAUGCGCACAUUAUUAUAACCAGUUGAAAUCACUUUACAGUGUCGUAGAAACUGACGCAGUCGAUGAAACAACAGCGUUUAUUGGACUUACGAAGGGCAGAGCGUUAUUAUUGCGUACAAGGAUGUUAUUGAAAGAUAUAGACGGAAGAUAUCGAUGCUGUAUUGUUUUUCAGCAUGAUACAGACCUCCAUAAGAUGUUGUUGAAAAUGCAAAACUUUGGAACAGUCAAAAGCGUUGAACAUAUAUUCGCAGUAACGGAGAAACCAACGGUUCAAAUGACAAUUGAUAUAAGUAACUGCGAUAUCACAGCAAUUUUUGAGCUGCCAUGUGGAGACAUUGUUCUGGCCGAUGCUGCUAAUAGUCAUUUAAAGCUUCUCAACCAAUCAUUCGAUAAUUUUUCUGUCUGGCCGCUACCAGAUAUACCGUUAGAUAUGUGCGCGAUUGGUGAUACCGAGAUUGCAGUGGUCACCACCGGGAAAGUUCAUUUCUACUUACUCCAAAAUGAAAGCCUGAGUUCAGGAAAGUCGAUCGAGGUUCGCAAACAGUCAUCUGGUAUGGCAUAUUUCGCCGGCCAUCUGUAUGUGGCAACAAUGUCGACCCUUAUCAAGUACUCUAUUGAUGGGAAACAGAAAAAGCUGUUAUAUAAAAACACGGAAGCCGGUGGACAAGUUACAAUUUCCCGCUGUGCAAUCAGCCGUGAUGGUCAAUUCAUCUACGUGACUGGACCCGACUGUCCAGGAUUGCUUGUACUAGACAUCUUUGGAAACAAACUCACAUUCGUGAAAACCCAUGACAUGGUAUCCCCACGUGGAUUGCACGUUGCACCAGGUGGUCAGGUGUUUUUAUGCGGGAAAGAUUCCAGCAUUGUCCUGCAACUCGACAGGCAACAGAAUCGAUUGGUAAAAGUGGCAGAUGGAAACGAUGGCCUUUGGUCGCCUCAGUGUGUAGUGCUGUUAAAUGGGAAAUCGCUAAUGAUAAUUGGACAAGAAGCAACAAAUAGCAUCUUAGUCUUACGUGUUUCCUAAAGUCAACAUUUAGCGUGAAAACGAUUAAUGAAGCAUUUUAAUAAACUAUUACAGUUUUGAAAUCUAUAUUACACGAACCUGAGUUUAGUCG